UUUGGCUGAGCUGAUCAAUUUCAAACAUCAUAAUGGCAAACACAGCAGCUAUGAACCAGUUCAUUACGGGGCUGAAAAGCCGGUCAGAGGACGUGCGAGUCAAGGCAGCAAAUGACCUCCACCAUUUUGUCAGCACUGAGUUAAGAGAGAUGCAAUUAGAAGAGCACACAUCAUUCAUGGAUGAGUUUAAUCAUCAUAUAUUUGAAAUGGUUUCCAGCUCUGACCUAAAUGAGAGGAAGGGAGGCAUCUUAGCUAUUGUGAGUCUGAUUGCAGUGGAUGUUGGUAAUAUGUCCACAAGAAUUAGCCGUUUUGCCAACUACCUGAGAAAUUUGUUGCCUUCAAGUGAUGUAAGUGCUAUGGAAAUGGCUGCCAAAGCAGUCGGAAUACUAGCUUUAUCUUCUGGGACGUCUGCAGCAGACUAUGUUGACUUUGAAGUGAAACGUGCUCUUGAGUGGCUAACUGGUGAUAGACAGGAGAAUAGGAGACAUGCAGCUGUACUUGUCCUGAAAGAACUGGCUGUGUGUACACCCACAUUCUUCUUUCAGCAAGUUCAGCAAUUCUUUGACUCAAUUUUUACUGCUAUCAGAGAUCCCAAGCCAAUCAUUCGAGAGGGAGCUGCUGCAGCUCUACGAGCUGCUCUUGCUGUGACAUCACAGAGAGAGUCCAAAGCCACACAGAGGUCACAGUGGUAUAGGCAAUGUUAUGAGGAGGCAGAAAAACAGUUUGAUGAGCUUCAGAGUCGUGAGAAAAAGCUUUCAAGAGAUGACUGGGCGCAUGGGUCCCUUCUUAUCAUCAAUGAACUACUACGAUGUAGUAAUGUAGAAGGAGAGAGGUUAAGAAUAGAAAUGGAAGAGAUUACUGUACAACAAUACCUACAUGAAAAGACUGUUAAGGAAACUUCCAAACACAAAUCACAAGGAAACGUCAUUGCUCUGCAACAGCUGCAACAAAAAUCAUCUCCCCUGACUAACUUUGGCAUGGGAUCUCGACAAGUUCCACAGAAAAUACCCUUUUUUGAAAGCCAUUCCUGUAAAGACUUGAUGACUGCAAACUUUGAUAAGGUAUGCACCUUAAUUUUGAGGAACAAAGGAAGUCGCUCAACAUAUGUUCAACAGACUCUGCUGAUAGUGUUUCCAAGACUUGCAGCUUUCGAUCAUACCACCUUCUCUAGACUGUAUCUUGAAGAAACAAUAAACUUUCUGCUAUUAACAUUGAAAAACUCCAAGGAAAGGACAGCAGCAUUUCAAGCAUUAGGCCUUUUGUCCAUCUCGGUAGAGGAAGACGUUUCUAAACAUCUUGGCAAGAUUAUGGAGGUCCUCAAAAACUCCCUUCCAUCUAAGGAUCUGCCUGCCAAGAAGCACAAGAGUUUCGUUGUGGACCCAGCAGUGUUUACAUGUAUCAGCAUGCUGGCACGAGCGGUCGGGCCUAGGAUGACAAAGGAUGUCCGAGACAUGCUGGACUCUAUGCUAGCUACCGGACUGAGCCCUGCUCUCACUGCUGCUCUGAAGGACCUUGCCACUCAAAUCCCUCAGCUCAAAAAAGAAAUUCAAGAUGGCCUACUGAAAAGUCUAUCCUUGAUCCUGAUUGGACGCCCUUUGAAACACCCAGGGGCUCCAAACUCGCCAACAUUGCCUAUACCAGUGUCAGGAUCUAUUGGAAACCUUGCAGAAACACAGGACGUUACAAGCAUAACUUUAGCACUCAAGACUCUAGGAAGCUUUGAUUUUGAAGGUCAUUCGUUGACCCAGUUUGUGAAGCACUGUGCAGAACAUCACCUUUCCAGUGAGUUCAAAGACAUUCGAAUGGAAGCAGUCCGUACAUGUGCCAGACUGUUGUCACCACUGCUGGUGCUGCUGGCCUCUAACCAAGGACAGAUCAGUAUGGCUGCUAUGAACACUGUGGCUGAAGUUCUACACAAACUUCUCGUUGUGGGAAUCACUGACACUGAUUCUGACAUUCGUUUCUGUGUAUUGAUGUCUCUUGAUGAGAGAUUUGAUCCCCAUUUGGCCCAGGCUGAAAAUCUCAGUGCCCUGUUUGUCGCCCUUAAUGAUGAGGUGUUUGAUAUUCGGGAGCUCGCCAUCUGUAUGAUUGGUAGAUUGAGCAGUAAAAAUCCAGCUUAUGUGAUGCCAUCGCUGCGUAAAACUCUAAUACAGAUCCUGACAGAAUUAGAACAUAGUGGUGUAGGGCGUAACAAAGAACAGGCUGCACGCAUGUUAGGCCAUCUUGUCGCUAAUGCUGCACGAUUGAUACGACCAUAUAUGGAGCCAAUAUUGAAGGUAUUGAUUCCAAAGCUGAAGGACUCGGACCAUAACCCGAGCGUUACUAUCAGUGUGCUGGCUGCUAUUGGAGAAUUGGCACAGGUGACAGGAACAGAGAUGAGAAAACGCAUGGAUGAGCUCCUCCCUAUAAUCAUUGAUAUGCUGCAAGAUUCCUCCUCGCUACAGAAAAGGGAGACUGCACUUUGGACUUUGGGACAGCUGGUUGAGAGUACAGGCUAUGUUAUUGAAAUGUACAAGAAAUAUCCCAAUCUUCUGGAGAUUCUGCUGAACUUCCUUAAAACAGAACAGUCACCAGGAAUACGCAGAGAAGUGAUCAGAGUACUGGGACUACUGGGUGCCUUGGACCCACACAAACACAAAUUGAACCUGGGUCUGAUUCAACAGACAGAGGCCUCUGCUGUACUCAGCAUGUCUGACCCAAAAACCAACCAGGAGAAUCAACAACCAGAAAACACCAGUGAGAUGUUAGCUAACAUGAGCGCUACGACCACGUUAGAGGAAUUCUACCCAGCCAUCGCCAUAGGGACUUUGAUGAGGAUAAUCCGUGACCCAACUUUAUCUCAGCACCACACAAUGGGUGUACAGGCAAUCACCUUCAUCUUUAAAAGUUUGGGUAUCAAAUGUGUACCAUACAUACAACAGGUGAUCCCGGCAUACCUCACAGUUAUACGCACAGCAGAGUCUAACUUCAGAGAGUUCCUGUUCCAACAGCUUGGGGUAAUAAUAGCCAUCGUCAAACAACACAUAAGGAAUUAUCUAGAUGAUAUCUUCAGUCUUAUCAAGGACUACUGGACCCCCAACAGCUCUAUGCAGAAUACAAUUAUCUUGUUGGUGGAACAGAUCGUGACAGCCCUGGGUACUGAGUUCAAGGUCUACUUACCACAGAUUGUACCACAGAUGCUGAAGGUCUUCAUGCAUGACACGAGUCAGCACCGAGUUGUCACGGCCAAGUUACUGAAUGCGCUCCAGCUGUUUGGUGCUAACCUGGACGACUACCUUCACCUGAUCUUGCCCCCAGUGGUCCGACUAUUGGAUGGAACAGAUGUCCCACUUUCUGUCAGAAAAGUUGCAUUAGAAACACUUGACCGUCUCACUUACACACUAGACCUGACCGACUAUGCGUCGCGGAUCAUUCAUCCCCUUGUGCGAACCUUGGAUAAUUAUCCAGAGUUACAGCCUACAGCUAUGGAUACACUAUGUGCCCUGGUGGUUCAGCUCGGCACCAAGUUUGCCAUUUUUCUUCCGAUGGUUUACAAAGUCAUGACCAAGACUAAAAUCAUGCAUCAACGAUACACCAUCCUGACCUGUCGGAUAAUGAAGAGUUCUACUAUAGCUGAGGAGGAGGAAGAUCCAAUGUUGUCCAGUCACCGUCGGAAUAAGAUGAAAGUGUCUGAAACAGGAGAGGCAAGCAUUGAAGUAGCAACCAUUAAGAAACUACAUGUCAGCUUCCCCAACCUCCAGAAGGCACUUGGUGCUGGGCGCAGAGAGUCCAAAGAAGACUGGAUGGAAUGGCUGAGGAGACUGAGUAUUGAACUUCUGAAGGAGUCACCCUCUCCUGCCCUCAGAUCAUGUUGGGCCUUAGCCCAGACUUACAACCCACUGGCUAAGGACUUAUUCAAUGCAGCAUUUGUCUCCUGCUGGACAGAGCUGACAGAAACCCAACAAGAUGAGCUGAUACAGAGUCUGGAACAAGCCCUGACGUCCCAGGAGAUUCCGGAGAUCAUGCAGACUCUGCUUAACUUGGCUGAGUUUAUGGAGCACUGUGAUAAAGGCCCCUUGCCCCUGGACACAUCCCUAUUAGGGGGUCGGGCCAUGAGGUGCCGAGCCUAUGCUAAGGCUCUACAUUACAAGGAGGAAGAGUUUCAUAGAGGACCAAACACAGAAACCCUUGAAGCCCUCAUCAGCAUUAACAACAAACUACAACAGCCAGAGUCAGCAGCUGGAGUGUUGGAGUAUGCCAUGAAGCAUCAUAGAGCUGAUCUGAAGAUCCAAGAGGGAUGGUAUGAGAAGUUACAUGAAUGGAACAAGGCCUUAGAUGCCUAUAACCGACGGCAGGAACUGGCCACAGAUGACAUUAAUCUUACCCUCGGCAAGAUGCGAUGUCUUGAGGCACUUGCAGAAUGGAACCAGCUACACCAGAUCGCCUGUGAUAAAUGGCCAACUGUGAGUGAUGACAACCGUGCUAAGAUGGCUAGGAUGGCUGCAGCUGCCUCUUGGGGAUUAGGCCAGUGGGACAGUAUGGAGGAGUAUAUCUGUCUGAUCCCGAGGACAAGUUAUGAUGGCGCGUUCUAUCGAGCAGUGUUUGCCCUACACUCUGAGAACUACCAGCUGGCCCAACAGUGUAUUGACAAGGCCCGUGAUAUUUUAGAUACAGAGCUGACCGCCAUGGUUGGGGAAAGUUAUAACCGGGCGUAUGGGGCUAUGGUCAAUGUACAGAUGCUGUCAGAACUGGAAGAGGUGAUUCAGUACAAACUUGUGUCAGAGAGAAGAGAGACCAUUAAAGCUAUGUGGUGGGACAGAUUACAGGGUUGUCAGAAAGUGGUGGAAGACUGGCAGAGAAUCAUCCAAGUGCGUUCACUGGUUGUCUCCCCUGUAGAGGACAUGAAGACAUGGCUCAAAUACGCCAGCUUGUGUCGCAAGAACGGACACCUUGCAUUGUCUAACAAGACCCUGGUCACACUGCUAGGUGGUGACCCCAGUAAGAGGACCGACCAGCCAAUACCAACAGUCAACCCACAGGUUACCUUUGCAUACAUGAAACAUAUGUGGAAAAAUAACCAGAAAAAAGAGGCUUAUGGUAAACUCCAACUCUUUGUACAACAAUCACUACAGGCUCGUAUCAUGCAGCUUAAUGCUCCAGAGGAUGCUCAACUGAGAGGGGAGCUGAACAGACUGAUGGCAAGGUGUUACCUUAAAUUGGGUGAAUGGACAGAGGCUAUCAUGAACAUCGGCGAAGUGUCCAUCCCCCAGGUACUGGAGUACUACAGUUUAGCGACGGAACACGACAAGACCUGGUACAAAGCUAGCCAUGCCUGGGCCCUGAUGAACUAUGAGGCUGUUUUAUUCUAUAAACAACAAAACCAGACAAGCGAUGGGGCUUCUAGCUCCUCUGCCUCAGCUGCGGCCACUGCAGGCCCAGGGGACAUCAGCCGGACUGUCACCAAUCAAGGUGAACUCUCCCGCUCUAAUGAUGCCCCAGGUUCCCCAAGGAUUGAAUCAAGUGCAAGCAAGAUGCAUAAAUACUGUGUUCCUGCUGUACAUGGAUUCUUUAGGUCUAUUUCUUUGUCACAGCAAAACAGUCUUCAAGACACCUUGAGACUGCUGACUCUGUGGUUUGAUUACGGCCAGUGGGCAGAGGUGUACGAGGCCCUUGUUGAAGGUCUGAAGACUAUUCAGAUUGAUAACUGGCUACAGGUCAUCCCCCAACUUAUUGCUCGUAUUGAUACUCCUCGCUUGUUGGUUGGUCGUCUCAUCUCUCAGCUGUUAAUAGAUGUUGGUAAACAUCACCCACAGGCAUUGAUAUACCCCCUGACAGUCGCCUCAAAGAGUAAUGCAACAGCUAGGCAGUCUGCAGCCAACAAGAUUCUGAAGAGUAUGUGUGAACACAGCAACACGCUCGUACAACAGGCCAUGUUGGUGAGUGAGGAACUUAUCCGUGUGGCCAUCCUGUGGCAUGAACUGUGGCAUGAGGGUCUAGAGGAAGCUUCCCGCCUGUACUUUGGAGAACGAGAUGUAAAAGGCAUGUUCGCUACACUGGAGCCCCUACAUGCUAUGAUGGAGAGAGGACCCCAGACACUCAAGGAAACCUCUUUUAACCAGGCAUAUGGACGAGACCUGAUGGACGCCCAGGAGUGGUGUAGGAAGCAUCAGAGGUCAGGUAAUGUGAAGGACCUGACUCAGGCUUGGGAUCUAUACUACCAUGUCUUUAGACGCAUCUCCAAACAGCUGCCCCAGCUGACGUCUCUGGAAUUACAAUAUGUCUCCCCAAAAUUAUUACGAUGUCAGGAUCUGGAAUUGGCAGUGCCAGGAACCUAUGAUCCCAAUCAACCAGUCAUCAAAAUUCGGAGGGUUCAAAGUUCAUUGCAGGUCAUCACUUCCAAACAACGUCCAAGAAAACUCAGCAUAUUUGGUAAUAAUGGACAAGAGUACAUGUUCCUGCUGAAGGGACACGAGGACCUGCGACAGGAUGAGCGUGUGAUGCAGCUGUUUGGAUUGGUCAACUCCCUACUUCUCAAUAACCCUGAGACGUUGAGGAGAAAUCUGACGAUUCAACGAUUUUCUGUGAUUCCACUGUCCACCAACUCUGGAUUGAUUGGCUGGGUACCACACACUGACACUUUUCACGCUCUGAUCAGGGAUUAUCGUGAGAAGAAAAAGAUUCUUUUGAAUAUUGAGCACCGCUUGAUGCUACGGAUGGCACCUGACUAUGACCACCUCACACUGAUGCAGAAGGUUGAAGUAUUUGAGCAUGCUUUAGAACAUACACAGGGAGAUGAUCUUGCUAAAAUUCUUUGGUACAAAAGUCCAAGCUCUGAGGUAUGGUUUGACCGUAGAACUAAUUACACUCGAUCUCUGGCUGUGAUGUCAAUGGUAGGAUAUGUGCUUGGACUGGGAGACAGACAUCCCUCUAACCUGAUGCUGGAUAGGGUCAGUGGCAAGGUGAUCCACAUAGACUUCGGGGACUGUUUUGAGGUUGCUAUGGUGAGGGAGAAAUUUCCAGAGAAGAUUCCAUUCCGACUCACCAGAAUGCUUAUCAGUGCUAUGGAGGUGACAGGCAUCGAUGGUAACUAUCGGAUGACAUGCGAGAGUGUUAUGGAGGUACUACGAGAACACAAGGACAGUCUGAUGGCAGUGUUAGAGGCCUUUGUGUAUGACCCUCUCCUGAACUGGAGACUUAUGGACACUACAACCAAAACAAAACCAAAGACAAACCGGUCAGAUUCGUUCACGGGUAGCCAGGAGAAGGGUGAUAUUCUGGAUAGUGUAGAACUAAGUACAACCAGUCACAAGAAGACUGCUCCAGAGGGUCCAGGAUCAGCUGGAGGUGAUAAUACACAGGCUGAGGUACUCAACAAGAAAGCAAUAUCCAUCGUACACAGGGUACGGGACAAACUAACAGGGAGAGACUUUCCUACAAAGGACUCUAUAGACGUUAACACUCAAGUAGAGCUUCUCAUCAAACAGGCCACCUCACACGAGAAUUUGUGUCAGUGUUACAUCGGCUGGUGCCCGUUCUGGUGAUGUUGUAGACACAAAUAAUGAUACAACACCUCUGUGAAAUGGACAUCCUCUACAUCGGAUUGAAUAGAUCGUGUGUUGUAAAAGUGUUUGAUAGUGACCGAAUGACAUGUUUUAGUUAUGGUUUGUUACCUGAACGGGUUAACACACUUUAACAAUUAAUUUAAAGGAUCAUGUGACUGGUUACUAUAAAUGAUGGUGAUGAUCAUUAAAUCCUCAGUUUAGUCUGUUUGACUUAAUAUUCUGCCGAGAAAUAUGCCAACCUCUUUGUCAUUAAGCUUGAGGAGGGUUCUGUGAUACAUAAUAAAACAUGGUUAUGUGACAUUACAUACUUAAAACAUUGAUAAUAUUAUUUUGAUGGUUAAAAGUUUCUGAUAACUUGAGACUUUCGUAAUGUGUACUCUGUUGUAAGUAUGGAGGACACCAUUAUGGCUCUAAGAGAGACUUCCAUAAUGUGUACUCUGUUGUAAGUAUGGAGGACACCAUUAUGGCUGUACGAAAAACUUCCAUAAUGUGUACUCUGUUGUAAGUAUGGAGGACACUGUUUAUGGCGUUAUGAGAGACUUUCGUAAUGUGUACUCUGUUGUAAGUAUGGAGGACACCGUUAUUGCUGUACGGGAGACUUCCAUAAUGUGUACUCUGUUGUAAGUAUGGAGGACACUGUUUAUGGCGUUAUGAGAGACUUUCGUAAUGUGUACUCUGUUGUAAGUAUGGAGGACACUGUUUAUGACUCUGAGAGAGACAAGAUUUACAAGUGAUAGUCUUGUUGGACUAAUGAAGUAUUAUUAUGAUACAGUAGAAAACGGACCUAAAGAGAGAUACAAGUACUUUGUAUAAUCAUGCAGAAUGUUGUCUAUUGUUUAAGUUCAGAUCUUAAGGAAACUUCAAAUUGAUUGUGAAAGUUCAGAUCUUAAGGAAACUUCAAAUUGAUUGUGAAAGUUCAGAUCUUAAGGAAACUUAAAAUUGAUUGUGAAAGUUCAGAUCUUAACGAAACUUAAAAUUGAUUGUGAAAGUUCAGAUCUUAAGGAAACUUAAAAUUGAUUGUGAAAGUUCAGAUCUUAAGGAAACUUAAAAUUGAUUGUGAAAGUUCAGAUCUUAAGGAAACUUAAAAUUGAUUGUGAAAGUUCAGAUCUUAAGGAAACUUAAAAUUGAUUGUGAAAGUUCAGAUCUUAAGGAAACUUAAAAUUGAUUGUGAAAGUUCAGAUCUUAAGGAAACUUAAAAUUGAUUGUGAAAGUUCAGAUCUUGAGGAAACUCAUAAUUGUGGUCCAUAUUCAUUUUUGAUAGUUUUAAUGAAUUCUUUACUUCAGGUUUAUAACCGUUUUAAAAUGUAAGUGUAGUUUGAACAUCACUGAUAGAGCACCUGAAGUAGAUGUUGGAACUAUUCGCUGAUAAUCAGAUAAUGAUUAGUGUUUUCAUGUGUAAAUCGUUGCUUGGCUGUUUUACAUCUGUAUUGUAUCAAAUGUUGGCUAAUACACAUAAACCACAGUUCACAACAUCAGAUUUCUUCAGAUUUUCAAGCCCAGGGUCAUGAUAAGGGCCAGUGGCAUGCUGGGGUGAAGGGCUACCAAGUUGGUUCAAAUGAAUGACCAUGAAUUAUGUUCAUGGUCACAGGGGUCAAUUGUAUCAAAAUCUUUAAAUAAAUUCUCAAUAACAAAAUGACCAAGGGUCAUAUUGGGUCAACAGCAUGCUGGGAUGAAUGACCUUGAUGUUUUUCCAAGGUCACAGCGGUCAAAUGUGUCAAAAUGAUUUCUUCUCAAUAACUGAUAGUCCAGGGUCAUGAUAUUGGGCCAGUAUCAUUCUGGGAUGAAGGGCUAUCAUGUUUGUUCAAAUGAAUGACCUUGACCUUUAUUCAAGGUCACAAUGUUAUUAGUUUUGUUUAAUUGAAAAUCAAGCCUUCAAACUUAGAAACAAUAAAAAAAAACUUUGUGAGUAUUUAUAUAUCAGCUCUGUUCUGUCUGCCCCAAUGCUUGGACUGAUUGACAGGUUGUCCAAAGACUUGAAGAUCUCGGGUGACUGUUAAGGCCCAUGGGACCCUUUUAAAGUCAUCUGACCCAAAGGUUCAGGAUGACCAAUAGUCAUGAUGUUUUGUCUGUCAUCAAGGGAGUGCAUACUUUUUCGCUUUUUAAUCUUUCUCUGCAGUUCCACUGGUAUUGUGAGCUGAAAAUUAGUGGAUAAUUUUAUGGACAGGAAGCCAUCAAGUGUGUUGUUGUUUUUUUUGUUAUUUUUUUUUAAUGGCAGCCACAGCGGCCGUUUUGUAAUACAAUGCAUCUGAAAAUCUUUUCCUCUAGUUAUAGGUACAGCAUUCAUCUCAAGCUUGCUUUAUAUUAUCCUUAUCUAACCAAGAGUUGUUAUUUUAGGGGUUUGUAAAAAUUCCAGUAUGGCCACCACAACUUCCAUCUUAAAACAUUUCAAAUUUCAUCUCCAUGGGUGUCAUGGAAGUGAAAUGAACAGAAAGGUGUUGCUGUUUUUAUCAUUUCGUAAUUGUUCAUCCUAAUGCUACAGCUACUAAAGCAAUUAUAGGGCAUUACAGUUGUGUGACAGUUUAGACCUGUGGACCCCUUUUUUUACCAGUUGUAUGAUUGAGCUUCCUGAAAACACAAUACUGACUCUGUAUUGCUUUGUUAAAUCUGUGGUAAAACUAGUCUGAGAGUGCUGCAGUCUGUUUAUGUGAUAUAGGCUACAUGAUAAAUUCCAAUGCUUUGUUAUGUUGAUUAUGUGUAAUUAAAAAAUGAUAAAUAAAAAAUAACAUUAAAAAAAA